CAGAACCGAGACCGGGUCUUUAUUCGGACCUUUGUUGGACCGGCUUUUUUGCUCUCUCCUGUCCCGGAAGUCCAAGGUGAUGGUUCCGACCUCAGGUGACGCUCGGUGCAGCUAAAGUCCAAGUCCUGGUUCGUCUUUCCUGCCGUCUUCGCCCCCAGCAUGGUUGUGGUUCUGGUCCUGGUCCUGCUCUCCGUUUGGACCUGCUGCCUGCGCCUGCAGGGAUGCUGUGCCGUGGAUUGUAGGCACGCCGCGGGGAGGAGGCAGCCGCAGCAGGAGGACCGGGACCGGCUGGCCCAGGACGCGGUGACGGAACACAUGCACAAGUUGUAUGACAAGUACAACAAGCACGGAGCCGUCGGCCACGACGGAAACACCGUGCGCAGCUUCAAGGCGCACUGGGGCGUCAUCAACAAGAAGCCGCUGCAGAUCUUCAACCUGACCUCGCUCACCAAGUCCGAGGACGUGCUGUCAGCGACGUUGCACUACUACAUCGGGGACCUCCAGAACGGUUCCAGGGCCCGCCCUCGUGGUCCCAGUCAGGUUCACGCGCUCAUCUGGAGCUUCGCCCCCGAAGGAGCCGGGAUGAGGACUUUGGGCGAGUUCCGCAUCAACGCGUCCACGCAGAACCAGGACUUCAUCUCCUGGCAGUGGAAGGACGUGACCCUGGUGGUCCACCAGGCCAAGCGGCACCAGCAGAUCCUCAUCGGCAUCCAGGUGUCCCCCAGGGGGUCCGGGCCCUGGAAGGAGCUGCUGGCCGAGCGCUCGCCGUACAUUCUGGUCUACGCCAACGACUCGGCCAUCUCUGAGCCCGAGAGCGUGGUGGCCGCCCUCAGGAGGAAACCCGCCCCCAGAGACCCGGACUUGCUUUUGGAGCCGGCGGGUCCCAGGGAGCCAAACGCCAGCCGGCCCAGACGCUCGCUGGAGGUCUCGCUGCCUCUGCAGAACAACGAGCUGCCGGGACCAGAGUACUCGGACAAAUGGGAGCGGACCUACCGGCCUCUGGAGGGCAAGAGGGCCCGGCGGCCUGGGAAGAACCAGAAGAACCAGAAGAAAAGUCUGCUGCACUUUGACGAGCGGACCAUCAAGAAGGCUCGCAAGAAGCAGUGGAAGGAAGCCAGGAAGUGUUCCCGCAGGUUCCUCAAGGUGGACUUUGCUGACAUCGGCUGGAGCCACUGGAUUAUUUCUCCAAAGUCCUUUGAUGCCUUCUACUGCGCAGGAUCCUGCCACUUCCCCAUGCCCAAGGCGCUGAGGCCGUCCAACCACGCCACCAUCCAGAGCAUCGUGCGGGCGGUGGGCGUGGUCCCGGGAGUCCCCGAGCCGUGCUGCGUGCCCGAGACCAUGGCGUCGCUCAGCGUCCUGUUCUUCGACGAGGACAAGAACGUGGUCCUCAAGGUCUACCCCAACAUGACCGUGGACUCCUGCGCCUGCAGAUAGGCCCCGCCUCCCGUCGUCACGGGAACAAGCCGCUCUCCUCCCGCCCCUGUUGCCAUGGCGAAGGAGGAGAAGAGAAACUUUGUUGUCGUCGUGGAAACCAAAAACAAAAUGCUGGUCCACUUUCCUGUGCCAAAAGUGUUGGGAGGAGGUCAUCCUGUCAAAUACACAAUCUGAGCAUCCAUCCUGUCAAAUACACAAUCUGAGCAUCCAUCCUGUCAAAUACACAAUCUGAGCAUCCAUCCUGUCAAAUACACAAUCUGAGCAUCCAUCCUGUCAAAUACACAAUCUGAGCAUCCAUCCUGUCAAAUACACAAUCUGAGCAUCCAUCCUGUCAAAUACACAAUCUGAGCAGCCAUCCUGUCAAAUACACAAUCUGAGCAUCCAUCCUGUCAAAUACACAAUCUGAGCAUCCAUCCUGUCAAAUACACAAUCUGAGCAUCCAUCCUGUCAAAUACACAAUCUGAGCAUCCAUCCUGUCAAAUACACAAUCUCAGCAGCCAUCCUGUCAAAUACACAAUCUCAGCAGCCAUCCUGUCAAAUACACAAUCUCAGCAUCCAUCUUGUCAAAUACACAAUCUGAGCAGAUUUCAACCUACAAAAAGAUUUUUAUUGAGCAUCAAAAUAUUUUCUUUUUCCCAAAAAUUUUUUUUUAAUCUUUCAUCUUUUCAGGAGCAAACACAUUUUUUCACUUUUCAAACUGUAAAUAAAAUCUUUUGUGCUUUUUUUCCCCAAAACUGGCAGCAAUUUGAUCAAAUGUUUAUUUAAUAUUAAAUCACUUUACAGUCAAUUUAUCAUUUCAAGUCAAUAAGUACAUUUCAUCAUGAAAUUAGUACAUUUUAGUCAAUUAGCUACAUUUUACAGUCCAAUUAUCAUUUCAAGUAAUUUGCCUGAAAAUCAAUACAUUUUACAGUCAAAUUACAAUUGAAAGUAAUUUGGCUAAAAAUCAGUCAAUUUUACAGUCAAAUUAAAAUUUCCUCAGGAUUUUAUUGGACAUUUCUCGAGCUCACAACCAAAAUAUUCAUGCAGAAGAAAACAAUAUUGUUCUUGUUUUACUCUACGUGAUUUUUUUUUUACUCUAUGCAUUUUUUUUUACUUUGUGUUUUUUUAUUGGACCUUUUUUUACUCCAUGCAUUUUUUUACUAUACAUGUUUUUUUUUACUCAAGGUGUUUUUCUAUUGUACGUCCUUUUUAUUGGACAUUUUUUUGCUCUACGUGUUUUUCUUGUGCGUUGUUGUCAUGCCGACAGUUUGUAAAGAUGAAGAAUGAUUGUUUAUUUUUUAUUUAGUUCUUCUUCUAUUUUUUUGUACGCGAUAAAGAGUUUUUAUUGUGGGUGUAAAUGUUAGCUUCAUAAAGUAUAUUUGGAUAUUUAUUGUGUCUACCUGGUGGUGGGGGUGGGGUCAGGAAGGGAGAGAGGGGGCGGGGCUUUGACUAUGGCGGAGACGUGACCCCGCCCCCUCUGCAUCCAUCAUGGCCGCCCUCCAAACAAAGGAUAGAAAGAUAUUAAUAAAAAUAUGCUCAAUACAACACGUUUUUUGGUGUUUUGUGACAAAAAGAAACAGAAUAAAUAUUUUGUUACAUUUUAAUAUAUAAAAAUACGCUCAAUAUGACGCGUUUUUUGGUGUUUUGUAACAA